UUUUAUCUUCAUCCCUAAACUUGGCUUAAUACUCAAACAAAGAAGAGAAACAACAAUGGCGCUCAAGAACUUACUUGUCCUUGUGGUUCUUCUUGGCGUCGUUGGAGUUUCCGUUGCACAUCCAUAUGGGAACCCACUUAAGAAACAAAAUGGACACAGGAACCCACGGGCCACGGGUGAUCUUGACCUUGACUACUACCGCUCCAAGUGUCCACAAUUGGAAACCAUUGUCCGUCGUGUCACAUUUCAAUACGUCUCUCGCAGGCCAACUCUUGCCGCUGCGCUUCUAAGGAUGCAUUUUCACGACUGCUUUGUCAGAGGAUGUGAUGGUUCCAUUCUUCUGAAAUCUCCACUCAAAGAUGCAGAAAGAGAUGCUUUCCCUAACUUGUCAGUGAGAGGCUACGAAGUGAUCGAUGCUGCCAAGUCAGCUCUCGAGAGGACUUGGGGUUGUCGUGGUCUUGUCUCUUGCGCUGAUAUUAUUGCCUUGGUCGCUAGAGACGCUGUUUCAGUGAUCGGAGGACCAUGGUGGCCUGUUCCAUUGGGGAGGAGAGACGGACGCAUCUCGAAGAGCUCCGAGGUUAAUUUACCAUCUCCAUUCUCGGACGUAAAGACACUGAAGAAGAACUUCCUUGACAAGGGUCUUAACACUAAAGACCUAGUCGUCCUCUCAGGAGCUCACACCAUUGGUGUAUCUUCUUGCGGUCUCAUCAACCGUAUCCAUAACUUCACGGGCAGAGGCGACUUUGACCCAGCGAUGAACCCUAGCUACGUUAGGGCAUUGAAGAAAAGGUGCAAGCCAACUGAUGUCAAGACCUGUGAUAUGGACCCAGGCAGUGCCAAGAAAUUUGACUCUCACUACUUCAACAUUGUGGCUCAGAAGAAGGGUUUGUUCACAUCUGAUGCAACACUUCUCGAUGACCUUGACACCAACCUCUACAUUCAGGCGCAGGUCUUGACUGGUGGGGCUUCCUUCAACAGAGAUUUCUCUGAAUCAAUGGUCAAACUUGGUUUCGUCGAGAUCCUUACCGGGAAGCAAGGUGAGGUCAGGAGGAGAUGCGCUUUUGUUAACUAAC